AUGGCUGUAGACAACUUCUCCUACAGGGACAGCAUACGAGCUGCUCUUGCCUCGUGCAUACCAUGUUUCAGCAGCACAGUGCCUGUCGACUCCAAUGAUAACACCCGCAGCGACGUCAGAUCCCACAGGUCGCCGUCAAACGAGCUCGAGGGGCUCUUGCGCGACACAGACACAGAAGCAGAAACGCUCUCCCUACACUCAAACAUUGGAGCGGGGCGGAGAAAACCACGAAAACGCCCUGCAUUCUCGCUCACUCUCUUUGGAUACACAUUAUUCGGCCGCCCGCCGAUUUACCUUUCGGACGAUGAAGACGAACGGGGGUGGAGGGGGAGAGCACUCGGCACCCCAUCUUCGUCUACGCUGGACUCGGACGCGGCACCACUAGACUCGUCAGUUAUUGCUCGCCUGUCAUCUCCAGACCGUGCAGAAGCUGAGCAACAGAGGCGGGAGGAGGAAGCACGGCAGAAAGCAGAGAGGAAGGCACGGCGCAGGGAGCGGAGGGAACGCGAGCGCAUGUCUGCUCUGCUCUCGCUAAACGGUGGCUCUCUUGCUGAAGGCGAUGAUUUUGAGGGGUUCCAAGGCAGUGGAGAAGCCCCAGUAUCCUCGCUGCCAGCCCCUGAUUUUGGGUUGUUUGUACGGGCGCAAGAAGAACUGUCAGCCAUAAGCGGGAAGGGAGAAGGCUCAGAGGACGCUGAUGAUGCAGACCUCGGCGGGGAGUUGUACACCCGCAAGAAACGCCAAUCUGCUGUUUGGAGUGGUUCGGGUUCAGAUUCUCGCUCUCGGACUUCUGCUUCGAUCUCCAACGGAGAUCCAACUCUAUAUUACAACCAUCACCAACACGCACAAGCUGUCCCAUCUUCCUAUCCACACACCCAGAUGCACCUGCCAAAACCAGCAAAAAAGUCAAAGCACCACGCGUCAAAACGCUUCUCGCCUCUCUCGUCUUCGACAGCAUCACAAUCCACGGCACCAUAUACUCCCACUCAGUCUGUAUCUGCGUCUCCAGCUGUCACUACAUUACCUAUACCCCAAGAGCGCAUGGAGCGCGUCAUCGAGGGAGAGAAUGCACGGGGGUUUCCGAGCGUUGGGCUUUCGGGAGCAAGAGGGAAAACGAAAGACAUGGGCGCGUUCCUCGCGAGUCGGGAGGCUGCUCAGCCGUGA